AUGAAGAAGUUUCUUCCGAAACAGAAAAAAGGGCCCGCUCGCGAAUCAGACCCGCAGGCCACUUCUGGAAAUGCGUCGACGUGCUCAGAAAACGACUCGCUCCACGAGCUUCGACCAAUUUUUCAACAAGAGGUGCCAGAUACGACAAACGACAUUCAACUUAAUAGCAACCCUAGUAUCUAUGCCCCUUCUUCCCAAACAGAUGAAUCCCAAGCUGGCGAGAAGUCGCUAUUUUCAAGCAGACAGUCGUACUCCACUAGACAGUCGUCGUACAUGUCGUCCAGGUCGAAGAAAGCCUCAGCGGGUUUGGGAGACGUUGGGCCUGCUCUCCAAGUGUUUGAUAUCCCAGAAGAUAAAGACAAUGAGGGCCCUCCUCAGGAGUCGUUAGCUGAGGUGUUGCAUAUCCUAUGUCAGGACAUAUCCUAUAUCCAGACUCAGUACCUCAACUCGCUGAUGAACUUGUCGGCUUGCGUUGUCAGCAUUAUUGACUGUCUUAAAGACUUUGUCGCCUUCACAGAAAAGUUUGAAGGUUCAGAAGAGUGGUCUUUUUCGGCAUAUGACAAUAGCAAUGUGAGAAAAAUACUCAAGUCGUAUCUUCACUUGUAUGAUAACCUCUUGAGAGAUGAGGCAUAUGUAAGACUUAAGUUACUUCUCAGCAAAAACUUCAGCGAUUUCACAUCAAGUUUGAAGAGUUCCACUAGAAGGUCAUCCUUCGACCAAAACAUUGCCAAGCCACAGAACUUCGCUAUUGGUGUCAACAACGGGAAGUCACUCCCACAUCAAGAUUCCAUAGCUCAAAUCAUUGCAAAGAUUGCGAAAAGUUCCAGCAGUAUACAAGAGCAGAAUGGAUCUUUUAUUGCUCCAAUUGUCCGUGGAUUGUCAGAAGACAUGAACGUCUUAUGUCUAUACUUUGGCUACCCAAACCCUUCGGAAUACCACCACAGCAUCGUUUCGACGAUUCAUCUGCUUUACGAUGAUGUGCAUGUCAUCAUAAACAAAAAUCGUAUAGAAUUUGCCUCCACUACAGCGUCAACAUCUGCUGCACGCAUGCCAGGUCGUCCGUCCUCACCCCCUAUUUCACAUAAAGUGCCCAGAUUCAAACUACCCUUUAGGGUGCCAUCCGAUUCUACCAGCCCGCCAUUGUCCCUUUCUGUCUCUACGGAAAGCGCUAAACGAGUUUCAGGUACCAUUGGUGGCUUCAUCUAUCCUGUCAUCGAUACUGACAAGCAACCGCAUCUAUCAUCAUACGCAAAAUCGAAGUUUGCGAUCACUUGUGGACACGUUUGUCUUGAUAAAAGAGAAGAGACUGUCGAUUACCCAUACGUUUCUUCUCCAUCUUCGGUACUUAUUGGUCUUUACAAGCUGGCUUUGCAAGAGCAAUAUCAAAAAUGUGUCUUGAAUGAAGGAGACCAGUCGAUGUUGGACUCAAAAAUGGCAUACUCAUCUGUUUUAUCUCAAAUUGAUGAAAUGUUUCCAGCCAAAAAAGUGAAGGUUUUGGAUCCAAAAUCGAAAAAAGAGUUUGUCGAGUACAAGAAUUAUCCUCGACAUAGAUUUGGACAGAUAAUCUGGGGUGAAAGAACUUUGAUACAGGCAAAACGCACAAAGGAUGGCCAUCAGUUGAAGGAAAAGAGGUUGAGCGAUUUAGCAAUCAUCAAAGUAAACAAAAUGCUUAAAUGUGAUCAAAAUUAUUUGGGCGAUGACAUUGCUUUCAACGAGUACGAUCCAUCGUUGAUUUUUGAAAAUCUAUAUGUUCGCAAAGUCAUUCAUUUGGGAAGACUGCCACGAGACAUUACUGACAGUGUAAAUGAAGUUGACUCGAUGUUAUCGACACAGUCAAUGGACUCUGAUGGAAACGUCACACACAAGGGAUUACCGGUUUUCAAAUACGGAUCAACGACCAAAUUCACGAAGGGCUUUUUAAAUGGUAUCAAGCUUGUGUAUUGGUUGGACGGAGCCAUCCACUCAUCUGAAUUUGUGGUCAAUUCUGUCGAAAAUACUACUGCUUUUGCCGCUGGCGGUGAUAGCGGCUCCUGGAUACUAACCAAAUUAGAAGAUGUUAACGGGCUGGCCAAGAAGGAGGGUUUAGGAGUGGUUGGCAUGCUCCACUCAUAUGAUGGUGAGUUUCGACAGUUUGGCCUCUUCACUCCAAUGACUGAAAUUCUAGACCGCUUAGAGGAGGUGACCAAGAUCAAAUGGGGAGUUGUUGGGGUGCAAGAGAAAGGCACAGACACAGUUACCAAUGAAACGUCAUCCGAAUCAGAGACGAAUAGUGAUUCUGAAAAUGAGAGUGAGUAUGAGGAUGGUCUUGAGGAGCAAGUCAAGACGCUUGACAUUGACUAA